UCACGCAUGGGCACAAUCAAGUGAAGCAAGCCUUCCACAAAUCCACGACCACUUCAUUCUGCAGUACUGGGAGAACCAGCGGGGCACGUCUCGUUGCACCAUCAAACCGAAAAAUAACUUAAACCCAAAAAGCUUUAACAAUGGGGAAAAUAAAACUACCACGACACGUUUUUUUGUGGAGUAUGUCAGUUAUCUACAUGUUUGCUUUUGGAUCCCUUUACGUCCAGAUUCCAGGUCUCUAUGGGAACGAGGGGGUCCUUCCUGUGCGUCUGGUGGAGCCUGGUGUGUCGGGUGACAGGCCGCUGUUGGAGCAGCUCCAGGCCUCACCCUCUCUGCUGUGGCUGGGGCCCCACCUGGGGCUGGGGCGCCCUGAGACCAUGGAGCUGCUCUGCCUGGUGGGGGUACUGUUGUCCCUGGGCGCUGCCCUCCUUGAGCCCCUCAGAGACAGCCUGGUGUUCCUGGUCCUCUGGGGCCUCUACCUCUCCCUCUGCCAGGUGGGUCAGGCCUUCCUGCGAUUUGCAUGGGACGGUCUGCUGCUGGAGGCGGGGUUUCUGACCGUCCUCAUCGCGCCGCUCAACCUCCUGCACAGGCGCUCCGCCUCCAGUCACCACGACGCGGUGACCUUCUGGCUGGCGCGCUGGCUGCUGUUCCGCCUCACGUUCGGUUCCGGGGUCGCUAAGCUGGCCAGCCACUGCCCUAGCUGGUGGGGACUCACUGCUCUGAGCCACCUGUUUGAGACCCAAGGUAGCCCCACCCCUUUAGCGUGGUUCGCCCACCAGCUGCCUGAUUGGCUGCUGAGGUUGGGCACUGUGGGCGUGCUGGUGUCGGAGACGGUGCUGCCGCUCCUUUACUUUGCCCCCAUGCGCUGCCUCAGACUGGGAGCCUUCUACUUGCAGGUUGUGCACCAGGCCACCUGCAUGCUGACAGGGAACCUGACCCCCCUCAACCUUCUGGCGUUGGCCCUGAGCUUUUCCCUGCUGGACGACGACCAUGUGUCCGCAUGUCUGGGGCAUGCCAAGAAGAGACUGGCUAGGACCUGGGGUCAGAGUUUGCUGUCAGGUCUUACUUUAGUGACAGAGCUGGGCAUCUGGGUCCUCAUCAUCUACUGUGUCAAAGUUCUCUUCCACCUGGAGCUGAACUGGGAGGCUGGGACUAUGUCCUCCAAAACCACCUUCACCCAGCACCAGUUUGACGAGCUGCUCAAGGCGGCGACUGUCCCCAGCAUCUGGGUGGGGGUGCUCUCUCUCACCUGGGAGCUAGUAGCUUCCAUGCUUGGGUGUGUGUCUGUGAGAGGGUGCUUCUGGAAGCUCUGGGCUCUCCUCCAAUGGGUGGUCUUUGGCGCGGCUGCCGUGGGGAUGUUUGCCAUCAGUGUGGUGCCGUACACGUCGUUUGAGCCGGGGUCAAACAGCAGGAUCCUCCCAGAGCUGAAGAGGAUCUCUAGCCUGGUGGAGCGCUACAGGCUGGUGGGCUCCUACGCCCUGGACGGCGCGGUCCCCGGCCUGCAGGGACGGCCUGAGAUAGUCCUGGAGGGCAGCAUGGACAAAGCUACAUGGACGGAGAUCGAGUUCAUGUACAAGCCGGGGAACGAGAGUGCGGCCCCUCCGGUGACGAGCCCCUAUCAGGCCAGGCUGGACUGGCAGCUGUGGCAGGCAGCCCAGGGGCCCCACAAACACAGCCCCUGGUUCACCAGCCUGGUCCACAGGCUGCUGCAGGGCAAGGAGGACGUGGUGAGUCUGGUCCAGGCGGAUGAGGCCCGGUACCCCUUCAGCCAGGCCCCGCCAGCCUACAUCCGAGCCAGCCUGUACAGGUACUGGUGGACACAGCCCAACGAGGACGGGUCGCGACCUCAGCAGUGGUGGAGGAGACAUUACGUGGAGGAGUUCUAUCCCACAGUGCAGUUGGGCGACCUCGCCCUGGAAGAGAUGCUGAGUCAGCAUGGACUGAAGGAGAAGGUCCCGGCCCAGCCCAGUCCAGACAGCAUGCUGGCCCAGGCGCUGAGGCAGGUGAGGGGCCACGUUGGGACUCUGCCGGGGCCCCUGGUGCUCUGGUCCCUGUCUGUCACCGUAGCAGCCAUCUGCCUCCUCAAAACCUUCCUGGGUGCUCGCAAGGCCAGGGCCCCCCCAGCUGAACCCAAGGCCAAGAGGCCCAAGGACCAACCGAGGCCCCAAACGAAACACGCCCCGGCCGCCAGCCUCAAAGCCCAGCGGGAGGACUCUGCUGACAGGAGACAGGAUUCUGACAGGAGCCCCAGGAAGAGGAAGUGAUGUCAAAAGGUACUUUCUGGUACACUCUGUUGCCGUAUUGGAUGAGCGGUACAUAUCAAUCUCAGGUGUUUUUAUAUUGACAAACUGGCAUUUUCUGCACCCUAUCCCCUAACAUGACCACUUUAACCUUGUCUGUUGACCUGUCAUAUCCCAAGCUUACCAUUUAGUUCCUGCUUUUCCCCCUUCUCUCAGGGUGCACUUGUUAUCAGUUAUCAGUCAUGCCCACAGGCAUCUGAAGCAACAGUUGUGCCUUGUCUCUUAACCUAGCCAUCGUUACGCUUCACGGAGCAGCAUGUACAAACGGCAAUUUCCUGGACAUUUCCAAUGCGGUCGAAUCUUGUUCUUUCUUGCAUAAGCUGUUCAGGGAUCCAAACACAUGCUAUGCCUCUAAUUUAAGUAUAUGUCACACUGGGCACUUGUCUCUUCUGCAUACUUCCCAAAGUCUAAUCAUAGACGCCCCCAUCAUCGGUUUCUCUAGCCACAAUCUUCCUCAAAUCAGGAUUUGGUUACUUUUUUUAAGUCACAUUGUGCCUUUUUAAAGUCCUAAUCCUUUGAUUCCCGACCACCCCCCCCCCCCCCCCCUCUAAUCCAUCUUUUCGUUUCAAAAAGCUUUAAUGCAUUUGUGCAUCUGGGGAAUGUCUACAUUCCACAAUACUCGCGUGAAUUCCUUCAACGUGAGAUCUAAGCUAAGAGGGUGGAAGUGGUCCAGCCCUGUCCUGGACCGGCUGUGCAAUGACUCACUGUGGAGGCAGAUGUUGAAGCUAAGACACUUCUUUUCAAUUUGCACUACAUGAAGUGUUAAUAAUUUGUUCUUGAUGCAUUUAUUUGACCGAUACAAAAAAUGUAACGUAUUGAAGUGAAGGCGUUGUUAAACUAAAGACUGUUGGUUGUGGUAACACAGUUUGUAACUAUAGUUGAACUUAGUAGUAGUAGUAGUACCAGAAUUGCACUGUUACAUGAGGACUGCCACAGAUAAAUAUUAAAAUGGUAUUACAGAUUAGUGACAAUACACAAUUGAUAUAGGGCAUGAGGGGAGUGUAGUGACAGUAAUGUUUCAUAAUGCAACUUAGUUUCAAACAUACCAGUUAAAUUAUUUCAACAGUAUUGUUGAAUAGCAUUUAAUGUGGAACUACAGUUCUGUUAGCGUCACUGACAUUUUUUAACCAGAGAAUUUGGUCGCCAAAUUGAAGACUCGACACAAGUAAAAUGUACUAACAUUAAUAUUAGAAAGAGGCCAAUUUACCAUAUGUUCUCAUUGGUUGUCUAUUGGCUGGUUUUAAAGGUAUUGAGAUGGUUGCCUUGGAUGAAUGGACAAAGUAAUGCUUGCUGCCAAUUAUUGUUUCUUUGCUUUAUUUUGUCACGGUAAAAACUGACCUGCUCAUUUCGUACAAUAAAGAUAUGAAAACA